AUGGCUGGCGAAGGGAGCCCUUCCUACGAGCAGUUCUCCCACCUCUACAGUGUCACCAAGUCCAAAUGUGCCGAUCACGGUGGAUGGGUGCAGGCGAACUGCCUCAGGGCUACCGAUCGAGGCCACUUCGUCAGUUGGGUACCGACUUCACAGAAGUCGUGGAGGAAUCGGCGGGUGCUCCUCUCGGGUGAUUGGGAGUCGCCUUCGGGACAGCCCGUCCGAUUUCGCAUUCCCACAACCUUCCAAAUGGCCGGUAAGCUGAAGCAGCCGAUCGCAACGCAGGCCGAGAUUCAGCAAGUGGAGAGGGUGAGGAGGAAAGUCCCUGCCGAGGAGAGGGUAUAUCCGCAGUUCCUCUUCACCGCCAACUUGAUCCGGGCCCAGCUGGUCGAUCCUACCGAGAUGACGGAAGACAGGAGAGCUGCCGAGGCCAAGAGGAUGAACGAGUCCUCCAAGCGCCGUCUUAUGAUGGGCUUCCAGGGGAAGAAAAAGAAAACCCAGCCGCAGGGUUCGGCAUCGGUGGACCCUGAGGACCAGACGCUUGCCGAUCGCCUCCGUGAGCUUAACGCCGGAUCGGCACAGACCAGAGCGACAGCUGCCGACCCCUCUCCCCGCCGAGGCACCUCCACCGAAGGGGCUUCCUCCCGAGCGGCCGGUAAACGGCCUUUCACUGUCGACCUGGAUGCCGAACCGGCCCCAAAACGCGGACGGCAGGCUGAGCCGACUCGGGCUAUUUUUGCGGCCGAUAAUGACGAGGAGCCUGCCGAUCCCGUCACCCUGGCCUGUCCGUCGAAGGCGGUCCAGUUCGCGAACCAUAUGAUUAUCGGUUCGCAAAUGGAGCUGAACGAAAUCGAGGAGCUGCCGAAGAGGCUCCUUCGGGAGGAGGCGGGUCGCGCCUUCCGUCUUCAGGCAUCGGCUUCGAUGGACAUGUGGCUUUGCAUGAAGCGGGCCAUCAAUGCCUCUGAGAAGGCGAAGAAGGCCUACGAGGACGGCAGGGCCAGGGUUGCCGAGGCUGGCAAGGCUAUCCAGGAUCACGCGAACCUGGUGAAAGACUUACAAGCUGCCGAACGGCAGGUCAAGGCUUACGAGUCCAAGUUCGCGGAUCUGUCGUCUGCCCUGGAAUCGGCACAGCUGUCGGCUAAGGAGGCUCUGGAGGCGAAGGGUGCCGUUGAGGUGGUUCUGGAGGAGUCGAAGCGUGCCAAAGCAUCAGAGAUUGAGGCUGCCGUCCAGGAGGCCAUUCGGAAGUAUCGCCACUCUACCGAAUUCUCUACCCUGCUCGACAAGGAGGUGGGCUCGGAGAUGGUGGAUCUCAUCUACCGAUUUAAGCGGUACAAUCCUGGGACGAAGCUCAAUCUGAACUUCAUUGCCGAUCCUCUUCCCCUUCCCGAAGGCGUGACAGAAGAGAUGAUCGAAGAGUACGAGGGGGAAGAUGCUCCGGAAGAGCCUGAAACUGCAGAUGCCGAAGGGGCCGAUGCCGAGGGUCCUUCGUCCUGA